AUGGCUAUCGACGAGAACACAACGGAUUCUACAAAUCCACUUCUGGAUUCGACAAAUCCUCUCUACAUGCAUCCUUCUGAAAAUGCGGGAUCUAUGCUUGUACCAGUACCUUUCGACGGAUCGGGAUAUAGGUCAUGGAGAAGAGGAGUUCUCAGAGCUCUUUUGGUGAAAAAUAAAGUGGGAUUCAUAAACGGGAAAUGCACAAAGCCAGAUCCAAGGAUCCUAACUUUGAUCAAUGGGAACGCUGAAUUGGAGGAUAGAUAUGACCAAACAAAUGGAGUAAAGCUGUAUCAGUUACAGAAAGAGAUAAAUGACUUGAGUCAAGGAACCCUAGACAUCAUUGGAUACUAUACUAAGAUGAAGAAGCUCUGCGAAGAGCUGAACACAUUGAAUGCACAUGCUCAGUGCAAAUGCAACUGCACAUGUGGUGCUAAAGCAAAUAUGCAGAAGGCUGAGCAAGACAGAAGGUUAAUUCAGUUCUUAAUGGGACUAAACGAAGUCUAUACUGUGGUAAGGGGAAGUAUUCUAAUGAUGAACCCGUUGCCCUCACUCGCACAAGCCUUUUCAAUUCUUAUCCAAGAAGAAAAACAAAGAGAAGUCAAGCCAAAUAGUCAGUUUGUAAUUGAGUCUACUGCCCUGAGUGCUAAUAGAUCAAAUGCUUUCAGAACAAACUAUAAUCAACAACCAAAUUCUGCGGAUAAUACUAGAUAUACAAACUAUAAUCAACAAGGAAACAGGAUUGGGAACAAUAACUAUAGGGGAGGUUACUCUGGAAGCAAACCUCGACCCUUCUGUGACUAUUGUAAGAAACCGGGCCACACUAAGGAAAGAUGCUACAAAUUUCAUGGUUAUCCACAAGACUCAAGGUUCAACAAGGGAAAAAGGAUUGUUGCUAAUGUACAUGGAGGACAAAGUGAGAAUAGCAUGGAAGGUCAAGAUGGAGAUAGUGGUCAAAAUUUUCAUGCUGGAAAUGGAGAAAAUGAAAUGAAGGCAGGGGCUGUGAACUUUGCAGGCAUUUCAGCUUGCUCAACUUCUUUUGAUUCUGGUGCUAACUCAAAUGAGUGUUUUAGAUCAAUUGCUGAUUCUUGGAUACUUGAUUCUGGGGCAUCAAACCAUAUGACCUACAAAAAGUUCAUGUUAACCAAUAUAAAAACUUUAUUAUAUCCUUUCCUAGCUACAUUACCUAAUGGCUAUAAGGUGAAGGUGACAUUAAUGGGAGAUGUAGUCAUGAGUCCUAAAUUCACCCUGAAAAAGGCCCCUUCACUGAAGAGGCCUCUGGCAAUUGGUAAAAGCAAAGAUGGUUUGUACCUUUAUACUUCAGAUUCCUGCAAGUCUAAUGCCCUGUUUCAUGCCAGUUCAUCUAAUAAAGCAUCUGCUCCUAGUUCACCAGGUCUGCAUCUUCUAACUAUGUCACCUGACCGUCCAUCACCAGGGCUAAAUGAACCUAAUUCUUAUACAACUUCAGAUUUUGAACAAUAUUCUCCUUCUUUGUAUGUCUCACUCAAUGCAUUGAGUUCUGAUAGUCAAAAAUUGAUCAAAAACAUUUCUCAUGAGUGUGAGCCCAGCUCAUAUGAAGAGGCAGCUGCUGAUCCUGCAUGGCAGAAAGCCAUGAAUCAGAAGUUUUAA